CCGGCCCGUACCCCCAACCGUGCCCUGGCCGCAGAGCCUCCACUGCGGCCCGAUGAAUGGAGUCGCUUUCUGCCUGGUCGGGAUCCCGCCGCGUCCGGAGCCCCGGCCACCCCAGCUUCCCCUGGGCCCACGAGAUGGGUGCUCUUCUGGACGCCCCCUCCCCUGGCAGGGGCCCAGGACACUGCUGCUGCGCAAAAAUCUCCAGGAUGGCUUUGGUUUCACCCUGCGUCACUUCAUUGUGUACCCACCGGAGUCAGCUGUGCACUGCAGCCUGAAGGAGGAAGAGAAUGGAGGCCGUGGCCGAGGAAGAGGAGGAGGAGGAGGAGGAGGAGGAGGCGGACCCUCCCACCGGCACCGCCUGGAGCCCAUGGACACCAUCUUUGUGAAGAAUGUGAAGGAUGGUGGCCCCGCUCAUAGGGCAGGGCUUCGCACAGGAGACCGGCUCGUGAAGGUGAAUGGGGAGAGCGUUGUUGGGAAGACAUACUCCCAAGUCAUAGGUCUGAUCCAGAACAGCGAUGACACCCUGGAGCUCUCCAUCAUGCCCAAGGAUGAGGACAUCCUCCAGCUGGCCUACUCCCAGGAUGCCUACCUGAAGGGCAACGAGCCGUAUUCUGGAGAGGCCCGCAGCAUCCCAGAACCACCUCCGCUCUGCUACCCACGGAAGACCUAUGCCCCGCCAGCCCGGGCCUCUGCCUGGGCCACUAUGGUGCCUGAGCCUGGCUCAGCACUACCCACGGAUCCCCGGAGUCCUGCUGCCUGGAGUGACCCAGGGGCCUGUGUCCCAUCUGCCACCCGUGCCCACCUGGACAACUCUUUAUUGGGGAUGAGCCAGCCCCGCCCAAGCCCUGGUGCCUUUCCCCACCUCCCUUCAGAGUCCCGGACUCCCCGUGCCUUUCCAGAGCCCGGCAGCCGGGUGCUUCCCAGCAGACUGGAGUGCCAGCAGGCUCUGUCACACUGGCUGUCAAAUCAAAUACCCCGCAGGGCGGGGGAGAGACGGUGCCCAGCCAUGCCACCACGGGCCCGCAGUGCCUCCCAGGACCGGCUGGAGGAUGUGACUACCCACCACCCAUGGCCCUGCUCCACCUCCCAGGAUGCCUUGAGCCAGCUGGGCCAGGAGGGUUGGCACCGAGCUCGCUCAGACGAUUACCUGAGCCGGGCUACCCGCUCUGCUGAAGCACUGGGGCCAGGAGCACUGGUGUCACCGCGCCUUGAACGCUGUGGUUGGGCUCCCCAACGUCCAUCUGCCCGCACCUCUGCUUGCCCUUCUCGGGACCUGUCAGGGCCCCAGGCCCCUCCUUCAUCUGGCCUGCAGGGUCUAGAUGACGUCGGGUACAUUGGGUAUCGGAGCUAUAGCCCAUCAUUCCAGCGCCGAACUGGUCUCCUGCAUGCUCUUUCCUUCCGGGACUCACCUUUUGGAGGACUUCCCUCCUUCAACUUGGCCCAAUCUCCUGCACCAUUCCCACCAGAGGCCUCUGAACCACCUAGAGUCGUCCGGCCAGAACCUAGCACCCGAACCCUGGAACCUCCUGCAGAGGAUCACCGUGAUGAGGUGGUCCUGAGGCAGAAGCCUCCAACGGGUCGCAAGGUCCAGCUGACCCCUGCAAGGCAGAUGAACCUUGGAUUUGGUGAUGAGUCCCCAGAGCCAGAGGCCAGAGGGGAACGCCCAGGCAGGAAAGUGGCCCCUUUGGCCACUACAGAAGACUCUCUGGCUUCUAUCCCCUUCAUUGAUGAGCCCACCAGCCCCAGCAUUGACCUCCAAGCCAAGCAUGUCCCUGCCUCUGCGGUGGUCUCCAGUGCUAUGAACUCAGCCCCUGUCUUGGGCACUAGCCCAUCCUCACCAACCUUCACCUUUGCCCUCAGCCGCCAUUACUCCCAGGACUGCAGCAGCAUCAAGGCAGGCCGCCGCUCCUCCUACCUUCUGGCCAUCACUACAGAGCGUUCCAAGUCCUGUGAUGACGGACUCAACACCUUCCGGGAUGAGGGCCGAGUGCUCCGGCGCCUUCCCAACCGGGUGCCCAGCCUACGGAUGCUGCGGAGCUUCUUCACCGAUGGGUCUCUAGAUAGUUGGGGCACCUCUGAAGAUGCUGAUGCCCCCUCUAAGCGACACUCAACCUCUGACCUCUCAGAUGCGACCUUCAGUGACAUCAGGAGAGAAGGCUGGUUGUAUUAUAAACAGAUCCUCACCAAGAAGGGGAAGAAAGCGGGCGGCGGCCUGCGCCAGUGGAAGCGUGUCUAUGCUGUGCUGCGGGCACGCUCGCUCUCGUUGAGCAAGGAGCGGAGGGAGCCCGGGCCGGCGGCUGCGGGGGCUGCGGCGGCCGGCGCAGGUGAGGACGAGGCGGCGCCCGUCUGCAUCGGCUCCUGCCUGGUGGACAUCUCCUACAGCGAGACCAAGAGGAGGCACGUGUUCCGGCUGACCACCGCUGACUUCUGUGAAUAUCUCUUUCAGGCUGAGGAUCGGGAUGACAUGCUGGGCUGGAUCAGAGCGAUCCGGGAGAACAGCAGGGCCGAGGGCGAGGACCCCGGCUGUGCCAAUCAAGCUCUGAUCAGCAAGAAGCUUAAUGAUUAUCGAAAAGUGAGCCAUAGCUCUGGGCCCAAAGCCGAUUCCUCCCCUAAAGGCUCUCGGGGCCUAGGAGGUCUCAAGUCUGAAUUCCUCAAGCAGACUGCAGUCCGCGGCCUCAGGACUCAGGACCAGCCUGCAGGAAGCAAGGAAGACAGUGCUGCAGCUCCCAGAACCCCCUGGGGUAUCAACAUUAUCAAGAAGAACAAGAAGGCUGCCCCAAGGGCAUUUGGGAUCCGGUUGGAGGAGUGCCAGCCUGCCACUGAGAACCAGCGUGUCCCCCUGAUCGUGGCUGCCUGUUGUCGUAUUGUGGAGGCACGGGGGUUAGAAUCCACUGGCAUUUACCGGGUACCUGGCAACAACGCAGUGGUGUCUAGCUUGCAGGAGCAGCUCAAUCGUGGGCCCAGUGACAUCAACCUGCAGGAUGAGCGCUGGCAGGACCUCAAUGUGAUCAGCAGCCUGCUCAAGGCUUUCUUCCGCAAGCUGCCGGAGCCGCUCUUCACUGAUGACAAAUACAACGACUUCAUCGAGGCCAAUCGGAUAGAAGACUCAAGAGAGAGGAUGAAGACACUGCGGAAGCUGAUUCGGGAUCUCCCAGGACACUACUACGAAACGCUUAAAUUCCUUGUGGGCCAUCUCAAGACCAUUGCUGACCACUCAGAGAAAAACAAGAUGGAGCCCCGGAACCUGGCUCUGGUCUUCGGGCCAACGUUGGUAAGGACAUCUGAAGACAAUAUGACAGACAUGGUGACCCACAUGCCAGACCGCUACAAAAUCGUGGAGACACUGAUCCAGCAUUCAGACUGGUUCUUCAGUGAUGCCGAGGACAAAGGAGAGCGAACCCCUGUUGAUGACAAGGAGCCACAGUCAGUGCCCAACAUCGAGUACCUCCUGCCUAACAUUGGCAGGACAAUGCCCCCCAGUGAUCCAGGCUCAGAUUCCACCACUUGUAGUUCAGCCAAGUCCAAGGGUUCGUUGGUUCCCAAGAAAGAGCCUUACGCCCGGGAGAUGCUGGCGAUCUCCUUCAUCUCUGCGGUCAACCGCAAACGGAAAAAGCGGCGGGAGGCGCGGGGCCUGGGCAGCAGCACCGAUGAUGACUCCGAGCAGGAGGCACACAAGGCUGCGGCGGGGACGCAGGAGCCACCCGAGGAGCAGCUGCCGGGCCCCACAGCUGUGGAGGCCCCGGGUCGCCUCAGCCCCCCGACGGCACCCGACGAGCGGCCCGCCGCGGACACGCGCUCCAUCGUCUCGGGCUACUCCACCCUGUCCACCAUGGACCGAAGCGUGUGCUCGGGCACCGGCGGGCGGCGCGCGGGCGCGGGUGACGAGAAGGCUGGCUCCGGGGUGCCCCCUCCGCCCAGCGUGGAAGCCCUGCGGCUGCGUCUCCGUGGCACCGCCGACGACAUGCUGGCGGUGCGGCUUCGGCGCCCGCUGUCGCCCGAGACCCGGCGACGCCGCAGCAGCUGGCGCCGCCACACGGUGGUGGUGCAGAGCCCGCUGACCGACCUCAACUUCAACGAGUGGAAGGAGCUGGGCGGAGGGGGCACCCCGGAGCCAGCCGGCGCUCUACCGCACAGCGACAACAAGGACUCUGGCCUCAGCAGCCUGGAGUCCACCAAGGCACGGGCUUCAUCCGCCGCCUCGCUGCCAUCGGGGGACCUAGGGAACCUACAGGGACUGCCCACGCGCCGCUCGACUGCCGCCCGCCUCCAUCAGUGUCUGUGACACCCUCCCUCAUCCGGGUAUCGAGUAGGGAGGUAGGGCCGUGCUGGUGCCGCCGGCUGGAGUUUGAUGUGAUGGGCAAAAGGGGGAGUCUUCAGGAGAGGGAAGGGGUUGCUGGGAUUCAUGUCCCUUGGAUAAAGGACUGAGUGACCCAUAUCCGUGAGUUCACGUAGGGACCCUUGUUGACAAUGGAGUGUGGGCGAACCGCCCAAGUUUUAUACCGAAGGAAAUCUACAGGCUGGAUUUUUGCGUCUGUCCUCUGCCUUUCUCCCAUCCCCAUUAGCUCCUAACCGAGGAGGGGAAGAUGAAUGUCUGGGGAGCGGAUGUAUAGGGUUGGGUGUCCAUGGGAGAGGGGGCUUGUGUGUGUGUGAGUGUGUGUAGUCACUGUGCAAAGGUGUUUCCAGUAGCUACUUCUGCCCCAACCCAUUCAUUUCCCCACUUGUCCCCAAGCCAGGGCUCUGCCUUUGGUGUACACAGGCACCUUAUCCCAGGCUUGUCAGAGCCCAAGGCUGAGUAGAGGCCGUUUCCAGAGGCAGGAGAACCCCACCACCACCAACUCACUCCUCACACCCUUUGCCAACUUUAGUCACCCCUCUAAGUUCUUUGACCUGCGGACCUGCCCGCUCCUCAGUUUUUUUUGGAGUGUCCAGGAUCUGGCGUCUUCCUCCUUUUGACACUGCUUCCAUGGCUCAGCAUGCAGACUCCCUUUCUCUAAGGGAACCGUCAGGAAGAACCCAUUGAAAUUUCUAGGGUCUCAGCUGGGCUGUUCCUGCAGGGUGGGUGGGCUCCAGCUCCCUGCCCCCACAUUGUAAAUAAACCUUGGAGCACCUGUCCUGCCUCCAGCGGUCCUCACUCACUCCAGGGAAGCCCCAGUGGGGUUGCUGGCCCUGCAGCCCAAGUCCCUCAGUCUCUUUGGUUUAUGCAAAGGUUUGCUGUAAAGUCUCCCCCUCUCCCUUUUACUGUAAAUAUUGUCUCUAAUGUGUAACAUAUUAUAAAGAAUUUAUAAGGAUUUUUAAAGAUGUUUUGCUCAUUUUAAAAAGUGUUGUAACAGUGUUGGAUAAAGCCCCUACGUCUGCAUGGCUCCUCCUACUGUGUCCCUGACACAUCUCUCUAGGCGAUAACUAAGAUUCCUGCUUCUGAAAGCCCUGUCUUCAAAGUACAGUCUAUAUCUUGGAAAUAAAUGGCCUUUCUCGGGCAUGAA